AUGCCUUUACCACCGGCACUUCUAGCUCGACUUAAACGACGAGGAAUUAUACACGAAGAUGCCGCUGAAGAAGUGAUCGCUGAGAACUAUGAUGCGGAAACACCUGUUGGAGUACAAAGCAACACACGUCAAAAGACGGAAAAGAAUGCUUCGGGAGCUCGUGGAUGUCCGAAUAAAUGGAAUCCGUAUCAUUACUGCGUGCAGUUUUGUUAUGAUCAUUGGAAGGAUGGCACAAGUGAAAAUAGACUUACGCAGAAAUAUCUUGAUCAAAGAGCCAAAAUCCUAAAGAAAUAUCCAUUGCCGAAUGGUUGGAAAGAAGUUUACGACCCUGGUUGCACGCGUCAUUAUUACUGGUGCCCACGAACUGAUGAGGUAUCUUGGCUCCCUCCUAGACAUCCUUUGGCUGUAAUUGGUGAUGCUGCACCGAAAGUUGCGAAAGAACUAUUCGAAAAAGGCGAAAACACUAAUGGUCUUGGGGAGGGUAGAAAGGAUGGUGAUGAAAAGAAGAAUAAUGUGGAAAGAGAAAUUUACAGAGAAGAUCGUGAAGGCACAAUAAAACGCUAUGAUGAAAAUAGGUCGAAAAAAAAGCGACGAGGUUCUUUAUCAGAUUCUGAAGCUAGCGAUCGUUUAUCAGCUUCGGAAAGCGAUGAAGAAAGGCCUGAAUUGAAUGACAGGGACAAAUUGAAGCGCGCCAAACGAAAAGGAAUUGACCCAAUGGAUCCAGCUGCUUACGGCGACAACGUUCCUGUUGGUACAUGGAGUUCCGGCUUACAUGCCCACGAUAAAACAGGUGCCGAUGUUACGGCUAGUGGUCCUCUGUUCCAACAACGACCUUAUCCUGCUCCAGGUGCGGUUUUACGGAAGCAACAGAAGGAUCGCGAGAAAUAG